AAUCAAAGAAAGAAAAUAUUAAAUCUGGAGGACAUCAUGAAUCAAAAAGAGGACAUCGCGGAUCAAGAAGAGGACAUCGCGGAUCAAGAAGAGGACAUCGCGGAUCAAGAAGAGGCCAUCGCGGAUCAAAAAGAGGACAUCGCGGAUGAAGAAGAGGCCAUCGCAGAUGAAGAAGAGGCCAUCGCGGAUGAAGAAGAGGCCAUCGCGGAUGAAGAAGAGGCCAUCGCGGAUCAAGAAGAGGCCAUCGCGGAUCAAGAAGAGGCCAUCGCGGAUGAAGAAGAGGACAUCGCGGAUCAAGAAGAGACUAUCUCAGCCAGAGAACAGGCCCUGUUCAUUGGGUUUUCAUUUAUCAGCGAUGAAUGGAUAGCCAUGCAGAAUGGAUAUGAAUUGUAAACACCCAAAACACAACAGGAAGACUGAAGAAUCGCUGCCCAACAGAAGAUCUACACCAUCUACGUCAAAGAAGACCACAGAACAUGGAUCUGACAUGGAC